AAAACCCCAAGAAGAAGAAAAAAUGGAGAAUCCAAGCUCAAACACAGAAAAACUUCAACAAGAUUGUUAUAACGAAUGGAUGAGUUUACAAGCAAAACGCAUGACUGAGCUUAAAGAAGCUUUAUCCACCGGUGAAAAAGACGAUGACAAGCUUCGAGAUUUGAUACGAACAGCGAUGAGAGAUUUUGAAGACUACGCCGGAAAACGGUCAGAACAUUCCUGUCGAUUUAGUUCAAACUAUUUCGCUCCGACAUGGAACACUUGUCUUGAAAACGCACUUCUUUGGAUGGGAGGUUGUCGUCCCUCUUCGUUUAUACGACUCGUAUACGCCAUGUGUGGGUCUCAAACCGAGCACCGUUUAGCCAACUUCUUCAAUAACACCAAUCAAGACAUCCACGGUCUAAGCAUGGCUUUGGGUGAGACACGUGGUGGAAUCGGAGCAGGAGAUUCUAUGAGUGAUCUUACGGCUGAACAGAUAAUCAAGAUCAACGAGCUUCAUCUGAAAACGAUAGAGGCAGAGAAUAAGCUGACUAAACUGUCGGCAAGCUUACAAGAAGACACGGCGGAUACGCCUAUCGCCGUCGCAGCGUUUUACAAAGAAGUGAUCGGACAAGCUGACAUGGCGGUGGAGCGUGCGCUUGAUAAGCAUGAAGAGGAUAUGGCUGGUUUAUUGGUUCAAGCGGAUAAGCUGAGGUUGACCACAUUGACUAUAAUCGUUGAUAUAUUAACGGCAGCUCAAGCGGCGGAUUUUCUUCUCGCCGGGAAAAAACUUCAUUUGGCGAUGCAUGAUUGGGGAAGAUCAAGAGAACAUCGCCGCAUUGAAGCUAGUGGUGGUGAUACCAUUGGAGAAGUUGCUCGAGAGUAAUCGUUGUCGAUUGGACUUUAUAAAUAUGUAAAUAGGUA